AUCGGAAAUUUUGUAAUGAACUUCAAUUUCGGAGAAUUUCCAGUUCCAAAUGUCAAAGUCAAAGGAAAUCCAACGCGUCAGUUCUGCACAGACUUUCAACCAAAAAGGAUGAUCAGAAUUUUUCUCUGUUUAUUUUUGCUAACUGCCAAGCAAAUAUUAGCUGAGGAUGUUGCUGAAAUCCAGAAUGGAUCCUUCGAUGUAGAUAACUUUGGUAGGAUUCAAAUUCGGAAAAUAUCGCACAAACACAAACCGCAAAAGCAUAAACCCGAUAAUCAUCAAGAAAAUGUCAUCGUUGUUCAGGAUUUUUAUGAAGAGUUUCCCUCACAAGUUGAAUGUGGUCCUAAUGAAGUACCCAGUCAUGAUUGUGAAACCUUUUGUCAUUUUCAAAAGGACUCGUAUACCUACAAUGAGGAUCGACGAUGUGCUCGUAGCGUGGAUGAUGCGUUGACCGAAUAUAAAAUGAGAUCGUUAAAGCUUUCAAAUGACACGAAUGACAGAGAAGAGAGAAAGAAAGAUAAAAUUCAUUCGCAUUCGCAUGGUCAUAAGCAUAAAGAUAAAGAUAAGCAUAAAGAUAAAGAUAAGGAUAAAGUUACAAUUGUGACAGAGUUGGUGCAAGAACAUAAAGUGCCAUUUGGGAGUCCGCUAAAAUGCACGUGUCAGCCAGGUUUUGCAAGAUUAAACAACGUUUGCGUUCCUUUUGCGCAUUGCCCGGCAAUGUUAUGUCGUGACUCGGAAAUAUACAGACACAACGGAGGAUGUGAUAGAACUUGUGAUGAUGGAGAAAGAUGUGCUCGUCAAUUCACUCCUGGAUGCUUUUGUCCUGAUUCUUUGGUACGAAGCGACGGUGGUUUUUGUAUUCCAAGGAGUUUGUGUCCAAGUAGAGAUCCAACCUCGACUUAUAUUGGAACAAUAAUUUCCAGCACAGUUAUAUCUAAUAUUUUGUCAACAGUUUCAACAGCAACUAUUACUUCUCCAGUUGUUACUUUUACAGUAACUCAAACACAGACACAGUUUCAAAUACAGAAUCAAAUACAAACAAGAACAGUAACUUCAACUGCAACUCUUGAUUUUGAUCCUUGUACUGCCACUGUAACAUCAACUAUUUCACAAACCAUAACUUCAGUUAGUACUUCAACUAUUGUUCCGACUACAACAACUGGAAGCACUACAAUACCAAUUACAACAACGGAAACAACUACAAUUGAAAUUCCAGUAACAGAAACUGAAACUGUUACAUCGACUCAAGUUUCAACCACAACGGAUUACUCUUCUACUACCUUAACCGAAACUGCUACAGAAACAGCUACUGAAAUUUCAACAACUACGGAAACUUUAAAAAGAACAGAAACAAAGUAUAUACCAACAACGAUUACAAAACCCAUUACCAAAACAUCAACAAUCACAAGAACUAAAACGAUUUCUAUCCCAAAAACCGUGAUUUCAACUACUACACAAAUUUCCUCUACUACGUUAACGGAAACGGAUACAAGUACAGAAACUUCAACAGAAACUACAACAGAUACUAUAACGGUACCAACAACUGAGUAUGUACCUACAACGAUUUCAGUGUCGGUAACUACAACAGCGACAAUUACGUCAGCUGAAACGAUUUCUGUUCCAACAACUGUGAUUUCGACAACAACCGAAACUUCUGAAACUACAUUAACGGCAACGGAAACAAGUACAGAAACAUCAACCGAGACUUCAGUUUCAACAAGUACAUUAACUGUUCCAACAACAACAUAUAAAACUACAACGAUUAAAGUACCUACUACCAAAACAUCAACAGUUACGAAAACUAAAACGAUCCCUAUCCCAAAAACCGUGACUUCAACUACUACAGCUAUUUCAUCUACUACAUUAACCGCGACUGAAACUAGUACAGAAACAUCAAUAGAGACUGAAACUACAACGGAAACUCUGCCAACAACAAUAACAGAAUCUACAACGAUUUCAGUACCUGUUACUACAAUAGAGACACUCACAGAAACUGAAACUUCAACAACGACUGAAACUUCUUCAACUGUAUUGACAGAGACAACGACAGAAACUUCCGUAUCAGUUUCAAUUUCACCAACGACAACGACACUUAUUGAAACAACCACUAUUCCUACAACAGAAUCUACGACAAUUACAGCAACUGAGACGGUUUCUGAGACGAAAACAGAAGUUUCAACAACCACGGAGAUUGUGCCAACUACGUACACGGAGACACAAGCUACGACAGAAACUAUAACAGAGACCUCAUAUUCGUCAAUCACUUUGACCGAAACAAGCACAGAAACCUCUACAACGACAGAAAUCAGUACUUCUACAGAAUCCGCUACAGUAACUUUGCCCGCAGAAACAAUUACAGCAACUGAUACUAUAUCUGUUACAUCUACGGAAACAGAAACCGCUACGACCACUGAAGUUUCAACAGAAGUUGUGUCUACAACAAUCACAGUUCCUACAACAGUUACUGCUACAUCGACAAUUCCAACUACUGUAUCCAAUUGUAAGCAAACCGUAACAAAUACUGUAACAUCUACGACAAAGGUGCCAACUACAACUACUAAAACAAUCACCAAAACUAUUGAACCUGAUCCAACUACAGUGUUUACUACAAAAACAUCAACAAUCACAAAAACGGAAGUAUCUCCAACAACAAUUACAAAAACUCAAACAAAAACUGUCCCAUCAGUAACUACAGAAACAGCUGUCACUACAGAAACUAUAAAAGUAACAGAAACAAAGAUCGAACCAACGACAAUCAAAGAAACUGAAACAGUUUCAACAAUCAUCACUUCAACUGAAACAACCACUGAUGUAUCAGUAAGCACAGAUACUGUGACAGAUACUGUUACGCAAACUGAUACAUCUACGACGACGGAAAUAUCAACAGACACUACUUCAAUAACAAUCACAGCAACUGAAACAGCAACCGUAUCAUCAGAAGUCACAGCAACCGAAACUUUGACAAUCUCAGAGACAUCUACAGAUACUGUUACAGAAACAAGUACGGCAACCGAAACAAAGAUUGAACCAACAACGAUCACGGAAACGUCGACUGAAUUAUCAACAAUAACUGCGACAGAAACAUCUGUAUCCGUAAGCACAGAUACUGUUACUGCUACGGAGACUUUGCCAGUCACAGAAACAAUAACAGAUACAACAACUUCCAUUGAAACUACAACUGAUACCUUGACAGAGACCCAAACAGAUACCGUUACAGAAACCAGCACGGAAACAAAUACCGUUACAGAAACAUCUACGGAAAUUUCAACAAGUGUUUCAGAAGUUACAGCAACUGCAACGGAAACUGUUCCAACAACCAUAACCGAAGCUGUUACUGAAACAAGCACUGAAAUUUCGACAUCUACAAUAACUGAAACUAUUCCAUCAGUAACCACGACAACGGAGAUCGUUCCUACAACGAUUGUUGAAACGAGUACUGUAUUGACAACAGAAACUUCAACAAUAAGUGUUCCAACUACAAUUACCGAUACACAAAUCGUUUCAACAACCAUUGUCACGACAGAGUUAGUUCCAACCACUGAAACUGAAACAACAACGGUUGAAUCAAUAACAACUACAACAGAAACCGUUCCAACCACAGAAAUUGUAACAACAACUUACACGGCUACAGAUAUACAGUCAACGACAAUCACAGAAAAGGAAACUGUGACAUCCACAGAGAUAAGUACGACAUCAGUGACAACAGUUGAAACAACUACAGUUCCAACAACAAUAACGGAUGUGCAAACCUCAACAAUUAUGCAAACAGAAACAGUUUCAGCGACAGUAACAGAAACAUUGACAAACACUGAGACACAAACUGUAUCAGAAACAGUGACAAGUACAUCAUUUGAAACACAAACCGUUCCAACCACAAUCACAGAUACAACAAGUGUUUCAGUAACAGAAACAACAACUCAAACCAUGCCAAUAACAAUAACAAACGUAGAAACUGAGACAGAGACUACGACACUUCCAGCAAGCACAAUCACUUCUUUAUCAACAAUCACGGAUACAAAGACGAAAACUGAAACACUUCCCGGAACUACGGAAACGACGACAUUACCUGCGUCAACAAUAACGAAAACUGCUACGUCGACCGUUACAUCUGUAUUAACGAAAACCAUAACACCAUCCCCUGUAACUACAACUGUUACUACUGUUAAAACAGUUCCAACUACUCUGACUUCCUGCACAUCAACUUCAACCUCUACAUACAGCACUUGUACAUCAACUAAAACAUCGACUUUAACAUCUUGUACAGCAACAGUUACGUCAACAAAGCCUGGUCCCGGUCCUGGUUAA